AUGGUCGCCGGCACAGACGACGUCUCCCCCAGCGCCCACGAGCUCUCCGCCGCUGCCAAGGCCUGCGCCGUGCUCCGCGACCUCCGCGCAGGCGCCUGCAUCCACGGGAGCGUCGUUGUUCGCGGGUAUGGCGACGACGGCGUCGUGCUGAGCGCGCUCGUGGACAUGCAUAGCCACGUGGCUGCGCCCGGCGCGCGGAAGGCGUUCGAGGAAAUGCGCGUCCCAGACGGGAUGAGAGGCUGUAGAGACGUCGUUGUCGAAUCUGCACUCGUGGACCUUCAUACUGGGAUGGUUGAACAAGGAAGGAACUACUUCAACUCGAUGGGCGAGGAGUAUGGCAUUGCCCCUGGUAUUGAACACUACAAUUGCAUGGUCGACCUCCUUAGAACACUGCUUAUGUUGGUGACUCUGAGAUAUGACAUACUGCCCUAUGUUUAUGAACUGCCAUUGCAAAUUGACACCGGCUAG